GAGAUGGAGCAGCUAGAUGUCAAGACCACCUUUCUCCAUGGUGGUCUUAAGGAGAAGAUUUGGAUAAAACAAAUGAAAGGCUUUGCUAAGCCUAGUAAGAAGGAUCAGAUAUGUUUCCUCUAUAAGAGGAUCUAUAAUCUCAAAGAGAGCAUGCAAAUCUAG